ACGAGCUAUUCAUAUAGUUUAAGAAUCUAUAAAUUGUUAAAAAUUUUAAAAUAUUUGUAAUAAUUAAGAUAUUAAUGACAAAUAAAAGUGGGAAUAUAUUUUCGAACUCAUUAUACAAAGUGAAAAAAGUAUGAAAGAAAAUCUUGAAGCAGAAUCAUUAGAAUGCAGUAAAUUAUAAAGUUUAAUGACAUAAUUAGGCUGUAAAUGCACUAAAGUAAUUGGAGAAGGAUGGGGAGGAUCUGUUUUGGGAAUAGUUGAAAAAGAAAAAGGUGACAAAAUUGUAGAAUUUAUUAUGAAUGAAUAUUAUUGUGCAAAAGAAAAUAAACAUUUAAUGAUAGCCGAUGAUUUAAAUUUCUAUGUUUUUAAAACUUUAGCUUCUAGUGGAAGUUGCAUUUUAAAUCCAGAAUAUGAAAUAUGGUUUUGA